AUGAAGCUCUCCCCUCCCGUUGAAGAUGGACCAGUGACUAGCUGUAACUGCUCCAUCUGCCACAGAAACGGCUCUUUGAUGGUAUACCCGCUCGAGUCAAACAUCUCCUGGGAGAGCGGUUUAGACGAAAUGACGACCUACACCUUCGGCCAGAAGAGAAUCGCCCAUACGUUUUGCCCGACCUGCGGAACCAGCAUUGGCGGGAAGAGCACGCAUGCAAACUUCUUCGGCGACAAUCGCGCCAUCAAUGUCAGUACUUUGAAUAGGCUCAUGCUCUGCCCUUUGCAUUACAAAUCCACGGGACGAAACCAAUCUACAAUUCUUGAC